AAAGUUUCUUUAGUGGAGGAGGUAAGAAAAGACCAAACGAGGGAAAGAAAGAACCUGGGCCUUCUUUCUCCCAGCUGGCCUGCAAUCACAUCAGCUUUGCUAUCAACUGAAUUUGAGCGUUACUUCCCACAUGCAACUGAUCCAAGAAUUUCAAAGGAAUGGAUCCAUGACCCAUUUUGCAAAUGUACCCUGCGAAUCAUCCAUCUCAGUGCAUGAAGAGCAUCAACUCAUUGAGAUCGCAAAUGACGGCGGGUUGAAAAGUAUGUUUCAGACAUCCUCCCUUGCAGUCUUCUGAAUCAAAGCGAAAACUAAGGGUUUUUCUGCACUGACAGCCAUUACACCAAAGUUACGGAGCAGACUGGACAUUUGCAACAUACUUCGAGUCUCACUGUCACCCAUCCCUCCUUGUUGGGACCAUAUUAUUGCAAGGAAAUAAGCUCAGUGCUCCCACUGACUGUUAUGGUGAGUUGUAAUAUUUUGUUUUAGUUUGUUGUCGCAUGCAGUUGAUAUGAGGACAUAAUUUGACGAUUUCAACCGGUCCGUGCAGUAAAAACGAUUGGAGAUCCCUGUUUUAUGUGACUCAGCUUGUGUACAGCGUCCGUCGUUCUCUACUGUAAACAGUGCAACGCUUCCGGGCCCUGUAGUAUCACGAGAAUGGAUGACAACACGACACGCGUGAUCUAUGCGGAUGUAACAUUAUUUUGUGAAUAAGUCUUAAUUUGAGGUUGUUUUUUUUUUAUUUUUUGCACACACAAAGCAUUCGUAUCACCUCAAAAAACUAGGAUUAAACCACCGGAGUCAAAUGGAUUACUUUUACGAUGCCUUAAUGAACUUUUUGAAGCUUGAACGUUUUGGUUACUGUACUGUAAAAUGGAGGGACAGAAAUUUCCCAGGUUUCAUAAAAAAAAAGUCUUCAUUUGUGUUCUGAAGAUGAAUGCACGUCUUAUGGAUUAGGAGUAAUUGAUGACAGAAUUGACAUUUUUGGGGUGAACUAUCACUUUAAUGAAGUAAGCUUGAGAUCACAUGUGGGUGCUUGUCAUAUCAAAAGCCAUGACAAAGCAGCACUUUCACUUCUCUGUUAGGAGAAAAUAAGCCAAGAGCUUGCAUGCUCAAAAGCAUACAGGUUCAAGCCUUUAACUGUUCAAACCCUCAAUAAAAUUACGAUUUGUAACACUAACACGACCAUGACGUCAUGGUUCUCUGGAUUAGACAGCGUCACUCGGAUGCACGGCUGCUCUGUCUGUGUUGAUGACAGGCUAACGGUUUCGGCGUGGUUAUUUUCCCCGCGGAGGGGAAAAUCACAACAAACACAUACACACAAUGCUUUUAAACGUGUAUAAAAAAUAAAAAUACGAAUGAACCAAGUUAUAAACUAUACUACCGCGUAUAAAAUGUGCACGACAACCCUUAUUAUAAACGAGUUUUUCUGUUAAUAAAGAAAACCGAAAGAACGUGUGUCCCCCCUUUUUUGUGUGAAAUGGUACAGUCCGCUUUUCUGGCUUCUCUGCUGCAUUGCCACAUCACUGGGGAUGACCAUUCAGAGAGGAACUCGGUCAUAUUGGGAGUCGCUGUUAAGAUUUGAGGUUGCAUUGUGAAGAAACCGCUUUAUGGGAGACUUCUGCUGGGAUUUAUGUCGUUUUUUUGUUUUUUGGAGAGAUGAUAUAUUUUGGUUUUGAGUGUGGGAGGGUGAAACCUGGCACUGAGGGUGAUGUGGGGAAGGACCUGACAUGGUGAGCUUGCUCUCUGAAUAUGAAGGUGUGGUAAGAAGACAUCAACAUCAAGACAACAUAAAUGACAUCAAGAAAGUAUUUGAGAAGGACAUUGAGAUUUGCUUCUCUUGGGUGCAGAUGUGAUGGACAUGCUCAUCCGCAUGUUUAUGGAGGAACUAUGACAUUUGGAUUUGCCUAAACUGAAAUGUCAGAGUGAAAUAUUUUAGUUGUAUACAAGCUCUAAUUUAUGGCUUGGGUCCUGUCCUAUUGAGAUUUUUUUUUAUUUUUAUGAUUAAAUUCCUGAUUGUUUUAUUAUAGCCUUAUACAGGUUAGACGGGACCCCCAACGUCUAGCAGAAGUUAAAAUGCUGGACUCCAAAACGAAGGACUUGUGCCGUAUUUGUGCACGGGAGCUGUACGGUAACCAGCGCCGAUGGAUCUUCAACCCGACAGCCAAGCUGAGUCUGCAGGUACUGCUGUCGCACGCUCUGGGCAGGCAGCUGUCCCGGGACGGCCGCAGAGAGUUUGCCUGCAGUAAGUGUGCCUUCAUGCUGGACCGCAUGUACCGCUUCGACACUGUGAUCGCCCGUGUCGAGGCGCUGUCCAUCGAGCGAAUGCAAAAGCUCCUGCUGGAGAAAGAGCGGCUUCGACAGUGCAUAGGCGGACUCUACCGCAAAAACAAUCCAGAAGAAAUUGAUUCUGAAACCCCGGCGGAGGCUUCCUCCAUCGACACAGCCACCCCAUGUGAUUCCAAGUACAGCUGUCUGUUAGAAGAGGACCUGACGUACUCUGUCUACGAGUGCUGGGCUGAGCAUGAUUCAAAGGAACGUGCAACAGGGACACAUCAACAACACACUGCACAUCACCACUACCAACACCACCACCACCACCACCAGUGCCAUGCUGGAUCAGAAGCUGGCACGGCGCAGCGCUCCAGGAAGUGCAGGGGAUGCACCACAUUGCGAGUGGCUGACUCUGACUACGAAGCCAUCUGCAAAGUGCCCCGGAAGGUGGGCAGAAGCACCUCAUGUGGACCCUCAACCCGCUACUCUGUUAGCAAUCUGGCCAGCACAGAAGAGACAUGCCCUGAAUCAGAACCUCAGGAGCCAGCCGCUCAGUCAUCAAGUCUGACAGAGAUCAGUCAGACUGCAGAAACCGCUGAGGAGGAAAACGUCAGUCUCAGUCCGGCAACAUCGAUCGAGUCACUGGACGCUACAGGUGACGCCAGUCAGCCCUGCUGCUCACUAGUCCAUUCAGACCUCCUGCAGGAACAGAUGGAGGAUGAGAAGGUCUUGACCCAGAGGUCCAGUGCAGAACAGAGCCUCAAAACAGGAGUGGAGCUGGCUCUCAGCCUGGUCAAAAGCUUUGAGUGGCGUCCAGUCCGGGUUUUUCGAGGCAGCCGGCUGCCUGUACCAAUCAAGCCUGUAGCCAUGCACCAGGUCCCUCAGGCAACAACGGACUGUCCUUUCUCUCUCCAGCCGGCUGAUAUGGUUCCUCUCAGCAUCCAGCAGGAUCUGCAGCUCGACCUGGCUGAGAUCGAGGCACUUUGGCUGGAUGAUUAUGUUCCAUGUGGGCCUCUGGGCUUCCACGAGAAGCUCAUUGCGGAGCAGCAGGUUCAGCUGGUGCAGUAUGAAAAUGCAGCUGGUCAGUGUGUGACUGAACUACACAAGGCCCAGCUACAGGUCCAGUCUCUCCAGACUAAGAUCAGAGAGAGUGAAGCAAACAACAAGGAACUGCAGCAGCGACUCGAAAGUAUGGAGUGUGAGCUGUUGUCUUUCCGGGAGACAGCACAAGGACAGGAGAGGACUAUCCAGACUCUAAACAACUCUCUGAGCACCAAGGACAAUGAGAUUGCUGACUUCCAGCAGCUCAUAGAGGAGCAGAAGAAGCUUUUGAUUUCUCUGAAGCAGCAGAAUCAGCAACACCAGCUGCAGAAAUUGCAGACGUCCACUACAGCACCUAGUCCACUGCAGGCUGAGCUGUCAGAGCUUCAGGCCUCUUUAUUUUCAACCCAGCUGGAGCUGCAGAGCGUCCAAAGAGCCCAGCGCCAGGCCCAGAGAAGAGAGGAUGAGCUGGCACGUGCCAACCAGUACCUCCUCGCCGAUCUCCAGGAGGUGCAGCACCAUCGCCGGGAAUCCAAGAAACACAAUCAGGAGCUGCUUGCGGCUCUGCAGAGAGUGCGCUCGGACCUAGAGCAGAUGGAAGAGAAGUGGAAGGAGGGAGAGGGAGACAAGGAGAGAGAGGUGGAGGACAGAGAGAGAACCAUCAGGGAGCUGAAGACCAGGCUGCAGCACAAAGAGCAUCUGCUACAUGACUACACUGAACUGUUGGAUGGGCAGAAAGAACCAGCCGGAAACAGAGACAUCCUCGUCCACAAGCUCAAGCUGCGCAUUCAGGAGAGAGACCGAGCCCUGGAGCGUGCGGUAGACGAGAGAUUUGUGUGUGUGGAGCAGAAGGAGGCCGAGGUGCGCAAGCUGCAGCUGCUCCUCCGAGAGAAAGAGAGGGACCUGCAGAAACUGCGCUGUGUGCUGUCCAACAACGAGGAGACCAUUAUGAGUUUGGAGGUGUUGGUUCGAGGUAAAUCUGUAGAGCUGGAGCAGGUGAGUGAAGCGUGGAGAGGCAGUCAGCGUGUCCAGCGUGAGUGUGAGGACAGACACAUGCGCAGCAUGAGAGAGAGAGACACACUCAUCAGCCAGCUCCAGACAACACUACACACACGCACUAAAGAGGCUGAGGAGUUAACAGCUGCUCUCCUCAGUAAGGUGCCACUGAGCUCCAGUGAGGUCGUGGAGAAACUGAAAGGUCGGCUGCAGAUGAAGGAGCAUCUUUUCCAGGAGCUUCUGGCGGAGAACAGCCGACAGACACAGGAGCACAACACACACAUCCAGGAGCUGCUUAAUGCCAUCCGCACCAGGGAGCAGUAUAUCAAGGAUUCAGCAGAGCGUGCGGGUCAGGUGAUGUCGGAGCAGACGGAGCGCCUACAGGAGCUGUGCAGGCAGAUUGUGUCAGCAGGAAGCAGAUCACUGAGUACAUUAAAACCCCCUGAAGAUGCACAGAUCCUUCAGGAGGAGCUUCAGCUGGUGCUUACCAAAGAGCGGGAGGCACGGAGGGAGCUGUCCAUCCUGCGCUCCACCUUAGCAAACAACCAGGAGCAGCUCCAGGCCCAGACUGCACAUCUGGGCACUUUGAACCACACGAGUAAACCCAAGCAUCCGGUAUCCAUGGAGACGGAGCAGGCAGCCAGCUCAUACACUGAUACCGGAGACUCCACUUCAGAUGAAGAAGAGGAGGAAGAUGAUGGCAAUAGUGAAUUUGCAGAGAGCACUGGAGAAGAGGAGCGCUGCAAAGCAACAGCACAGGCUUUAGCCGACACGCAGGGCUACACGCAUCCUGGAGGACCCAUGCUACCUCAGACUCCUGCAGAGGUGGAGGGCCAGGGGCUGGCUGAGGUGAAACUGUUAGUGGAACAGAAGCAGGCGGUGGAGCGAGAACUGUGGGAACUAAAGGCCCAGCUGGAGAAGGCCGGCUUCACCUCUUUCUCUCAGAUGAGGAAAGCAUUGCUUAGCCUCCGUUUGGAGAACGAAGAGCUCCGAAGCUCAGUGGGAACAAGCGAGGCAGACGAAGAAACACACAGACGCUCAGACAAGCAGAGAGGAAGAGGAGUGCAGUGGCAGCCUGAACCCUGUGAGGGCAAGAAGAGAUGCAGCAGAGUGCUUUGUCUCGACUCGGGAGCACAGCUUUCCUACUCUACACAGCCAGUGCAGCAAAAGCUGCAGGAGAGACUAAAUCCAGUGGUGUCGAAAUCCAGCACGCAGACCCAAGCAGAAAGGCUCAGCGACUCCAGAGAACAACUCGCAGAGACACCAGUGCAGCACAACAGUAAGCAGGUACAGGUGGACCUUCAGGAUCUGGGCUACGAGACGUGCGGCCGCAGUGAGAAUGAGGCAGAAAGAGACGACACCAGCAGCCCAGAAUUUGAUGAUCUCGAGCUGUGCACAUCUCUCUCGUGCCGAGAUGGCGCGUCUCAGUGGUGGUCUGGUCUGGAUUCGGCGGACCGAGCAGGAGGUGAUGAUGAGUGUCUUCAGCAGCAGGUGGAGGAUCUGCAGGUGCAGCUCUCUCGUUCCCAGGCUCUGGUGCUCAGCCUGCAGUCUCGCCUUCAGGACGCCACUCCAAACUCCACCCCCCGAAAGUCGAACCGGGACAACAGGGAGCUGCGAGAGCUGGUGACCCGUGUAUCGUCUCUGGAGGAACAGCUGAGGAAAGGCAAAGGUCAUGCUGAGGAGGAGGCCAAGAGCACUACUAGGACUGGGAAGUUUGACACACUGAUCCAGGCUCAAGCCCGCGAGCUCUCUCACUUGAGGCAACGAAUGCGUGAGGGUCGGAGUGUCUGUCACAUCCUCACACAGCACCUGGGAGACACCACCAAGUCCUUCGAGGAGCUGCUGCGGGACAAUGACAUCGACUACUACAUGGGCCAGAGCUUCAGAGAUCAGCUCGCCCAGAGCUCAGCACUGGCCCAGAGAGUCGGAGCCAAGAUCAGCAGCCGUGAGUGGGACUAUUCUGAAAUACCAGAUGACAAGACAGGUCAUGAACUGCUUGCGAUCCGGUUAAGUAAGGAGCUCCAGCAGAAAGACAAGCUCAUUGAGUCACUGCGCUCCAAACUUGAGCAGCAGCAGCAGUCCCGUGCAGAUAUACCCACCAGUACCCACUCCCUAUCAGGAGAUGCUGACCAGUUGGAGCAUUUAUCCUGUGUCAUGGAUGAACAGGGUUCCACCAAUGAAGACCUGGACUUGUGCUCAGAACUGGACACAGUCAGUGAGUUUGGGGAAGAGGAAGUAGCUGAUGACUCUCUUCGGCCUACGCCGUCACGUCCGUAUCCAUCCAACCCACCGUCCAUCACUUCUUCACACAGCCACCAGUCCUCCAGUAUGCACUGCACCCCUCACAGGCUCAUGGAUGGCCAAAUACAGACAGAGCUCAGGUGUGCCCCUCUACCCCAGAGCCCCCAAUGUCUCUCUGCUCAGAUGGUUUUUCCACCAUUUGACCCCCAAACACAACACCCAAGACCCCGUUCUAGAACCACAGGGGGCUUCUCUCUGGCAGAGGUGCACCAGGAGCUGCAGAGGCUACAGAGGCAGUUAGCGAACAGUUUUAGUGGAGCUCAGGUCAAACCCCUGCCAGGUGUUUUCCACCAGACUGACCGCACUGACUUUCACCUUCCAUCCCAGCAAGCCUUUCAGCAACCUCCUUUUGCAGGCCUUCAUGCUAGCCCGAACAUGACAUAUGGGGCUCAGCAAAAGAGAGAAAGUGCUUAUAAUGAUGUUUCCUCAAGCUCAUCGGGUUACCACUCUGGCGCACGUCACACAGGAGCAGACUUGAUGGAGGUGCACCUGAGGGAGAUUCGCGGUCUCCAUCGACGUCUUGAAGAUUCCAUCCAGACCAACGAACGUCUAAGACAGCAGCUGGCGGAGAGACUAGACUCCAAGAUACAAGAUGGAGGUGCUCCGACAAACAUCUACAUACAAGGACUAGACUCCGUCAGUCAGCUAUCUAAUGAGGUUCGAGUCCUUAAGGAGGAGAAUCAGGCUCUCCAGAGUCAGCUCCAGCAGGCGAGCAGAGAUGGCAGGAAGCAGGCAGAGCAGUUACGGGAUGCCGUCUUAUUAGAGCACACCAGGCUGAAGCAGGCGGAGCUGGAUGCGGAAAAGUGGGCGGGGCAGUUCAGGCAGCUGCAAGCGCAGACGCAAGAGCAAACACAGGUGGUUCUGCAGCUGAAGCAGGACAAACAGAUCAGUCAGGAGAAUGCUAACAGGCUCGAGCACGAAGUGAACGUUCUCCAGCAGCAGCUGAGUGAGAGCAGACGACUCGCACAUGCUCUUCGGUGUGAUUUGCAGCUGCACCAGAGCUUGCAUGGAACCACCCGAAAUGACAGUGAAGACUCGCCUCGCUGUCCUCCUGUUCGGGACACAGGACUCUUAAAUCCAGCCUUGCCCGUCUCUGCUCAGCUUCAGUCCUCUGUUACCGGAUGUCACAAGGGUGAAGUCCCAGAUGGCUCGUUCGCCUGCAGGACAGGGCGUCAUGUUGUGGGCCACUGGGACGACUUCAGCACCCUGCAGCAGCAGCUUCUGGAGGGCAAAGUGCUCAUCUCCAAGAUGGAGGCGGCACUGCAGUCCAGCAUGGAGAUCAACCUGCAUGAGGGCUGUGUAAAGAACCUGCUGACCAGCACCAAGACCUUAAAGCAGAUUCUGGAGGAGGCAGGUUCUGUCCUCAAAAUGUUCUGGAGGGCUGCUCUCCCUUGCGCUGAGACCACAACACCACAGCUUCAAAAGGAGCAGAGUUUGAGAGAAGAAGUUGUCUCUCUGAGGCACAAAGUUGCUGAACAGGAACAGACUCUAAGAGAUACGUUUGAGAGCCUGAGAAACUCCAACCACACCACAGACAGCAUGGAGCACUUCAUCGUCAGCCAGCUGUCUAGGACACGAGACGUGUUGAGAAAAGCUCGCACAAACCUUGAGAAGAACGAGCUCAGGAUCAACUCUUUAGGCUGCUCCUUUUCUUCUCCCUCUCCCCAGUCUUCCUCCUUCAGUCCUUCCCGGGUCGCUAGAGGUGAAGUCUCAAACACCGGAUGCAGCUCCUGUCCCGGACCGAUUACCGUGACCGCACCGUGCCAUGACCCACACGCACGUGUCUCAUGGGUAGAAGGGCGCUUUAGCAUGCAGCGCCCUCUACAGGUGUUCUCUGGCAGCGCACGAUCGACACUCCGCGCCGCUGCACCCAUCGCAUGCUGAGCGAGCUCACAGCCUGCAAAGCUUCCAGAUUUCAAGCUUUAGAAAUGUCAUAGGUUGUUGGUGCUCAGGUAUCAGCAGCAGGUUCUGUGGCUUUUGCUGUAGUUUAGAUCUCAGGGCGUUUGAUGUAUUGGUGCCUUUUCUUAAAGUCGUAAGCAUUAGCAAGAAACAAGUGGUCUUAUGAAAGGCUGCUGGCUUAGACUUUGGUGAUGGAGGAUGAAAAUGGUACAUAGCUGCAUUUGAUUAUUUAAAAUAAUAAUAAUAAU